AUGUCUGCAGCGUCGUCGACCGGGCCAUUCGCGUUCUCCCGCCUUGGAAUUCAUGGGUUCCACGAGGUUCUGGGCAUAGAUGCUGAGGAGAUUCGCCUCUACUGGGUGAUCGAGACCCAAACGAGGGAUGCCGCUCAAGUCGCCUACCGGGUCGCCCUCAGCACAGAUACCGAAGCCCUCGAAUCUCCCGAUGUAGACAGCUCCAAGCUUGCCUGGGACUCUGGACGCAUCGAAAGCGAUGAGCAACGCAACAUCCUUUGCAAGCCAGAGGGUGGCCUCAAGUCAACAUGCAGCUACUACUGGCGUGUUUGGAUUGAGGAUAAUCACAAACAAACCCACCAUAGUCCGAUCCAAAAUUUCUUCACAGCCUAUCCUCGGUCCCGACUGCUUCCCCCCUACUCGAUGAAUCAGACUUACAUGCCACACAGCAGCUUGAUCUUCCGCGCAUGGUUCGAAGAUGAGAACGACCGAUGGAAGGCUGUUUGGAUCGGAGAUGGAGGUGACAAGCCUAUUUACCUGAGAAAGACUUUCAAGCUGCAUCAAAAGCCCACCCGAGCUGUUCUGUUCGCCUCUGGCCUGGGCCACUUCAACAUGAGCGUGAAUGGGGAACCGGCUUCCGAUCAUCGCCUCGACCCUGGAUGGACCGAUUACCACCAGCGAGUGCAGUACACCUCAUACGACGUGACGAAUCGAAUGACCGCCGGAGAGAACGUGAUGGGCGCGCAUGUCGGGAAUGGAUUUUAUGCAGGAGACCAGGGCGAGGAUAGAUUCUUCUGGCCGAUGUACGAAGACAAUACAUACGUCAGAUACGGGAACGAGCUUUGCUUCUUCUGUGAGCUUCAUCUGUUUUAUGAAGAUGGUUCGCACGACACGCUUAUCUCUGACACGACAUGGUCAGUGAGAAAGAGCGCGACCACGCUGGCCAAUAUCUAUGCUUCUGAGACGCAUGACCGGCGGCUCUAUCCAGUUGGUUGGGAUUCUCCUGGAUUUGAGGCGAGUACAUGGUCACCAGCCAAGCCUUUGACGGGCCCCCGUGGUCACUUGUUCUACCAAACUCAGCCUCCAGUUGUGCUCCACGAGACUUUCAACACGGUCAGGACCUACAGCCCACGACCCGGGGUGGUCUGCUUCGACCUGGGCCAGAACGUAUCCACCAUGGUCAAGAUCAUCGCUGAAGGCGCGGCUGGAUCGGAGAUAAUCGUGCGCUAUACUGAGACAGUCGACGAUGAAGGUCUUGCCCUGAUACCCGAUCCGCUUUUCAAGCAGUUUGAGACUGGCGUGUUCUCCAAAAUAACACUCGCUGGCACUGGGAAGCCCGAGACCUGGGAGCCCGAUUUCUGCUUUACAAGCGCUCGAUGGAUCCAAGUGGAAGGAGUUUCCCUGAAUGCCGGCGAAGGUCUCCCUGUCAUCCACUCUGCUGUCGGUCGCCACAUUUCUUCCGCCGCUAGACGACUGGGCACAAUGAAAACAGACAAGGAGGAUGUCAAUGCCCUUCUAAAUGCUCUCUACUGGACCUUUAACAGCAACUUGUUCAGUUACCAUACCGACUGUCCCCAGAUCGAGAAGUUUGGCUGGCUUGAGGUGACGCACCUCCUCGCACCUGCCACGCAGUACAUUCGGGAUAUGGAAUCAUUGUAUACCAAGAUCCUCGAUGAUAUCGUCGACGCACAGGAAUCCAGCGGUCUCGUGCCCACGAUGGCCCCGGAGAUUCGGUACAUGUGUGGUCCACUCCACGACACGAUCACCUGGGGAUGCGCCGUGUGUCUCCUUCCUGAUAUCCUUCUCCGCUACUAUGGCUCUACACAAGUUAUCCCCAAGGUCUACCCAGCUGCCGUGCGAUACAUGGAGUACAUGCGCACCAAAGAGAGAAAGGGUGGAUUGAUCGAGCACGGCCUCGGAGACUGGGGUCGAGAUAUUGCCUUCGGCAACCAUCAAGCCAACAUCGAGACAGCCAUCUACUACAAGUGUCUCCAGUGCGUUGAGAUGAUGGCUCGCCAGCUCGGCAAGACAGAAGACACAGAAAAAUACAAGCAAUGGUCCGCACGCAUCCACGAGGUCUACAACCGCCACCUGCUCGUCAAAGACGAUCCAUCACGCCCAUACGUUUAUUAUACCUCCCUCGACAACUUCCCCGAACGUGAUUGUACCACAGUUGCCCAAGCCAUGGCGAUUCAAUUCAACCUUUGCCCCGCUGAAUACAAAAAUGACGUUAUGGCUGCAUUCGUCGAAGACGCCUCCGACGGGCGGAUGCGCGCUGGUGAAAUCGGUCUUCGCUUCCUCUUCAAUACCCUGGCCGAAGCCAAGCGUCCCGACCUUGUGCUGAAGAUGGCUCGACAGGAGGAACACCCUUCGUACAUGCGAUUCCUUCGUCGUGGCGAGACCACUCUCCUGGAAUUUUGGCAAGAUGCAUGCAGGAGCAAGUGUCAUGACAUGCUCGGCACGAUCUACGAGUGGUUCUAUGCUGCUGUGCUUGGGUUGAAGCCGAUUGGGAAUGCCUAUAAAACCUUCGAGGUUGAUCCUCCGUACGAGGCGGAGUUCGAUCAUGUUCAGGGAUCGGUUGAUUCUCCGUACGGAUUAAUCAACAUUGGAUUCAAGCGGGACGCGGCGAAGAUCGUUACGCUGGAUGUGGCUGUGCCGUUUGGAACAUCGGCUGUCGUGAAAUUACCUGGCUCAGUGAAGUACGCUGAGGUUACUCGUGAAGGGGACGAAAAGAAGGCGCAGGAAGGUGGUGAUGUUAGACUGAGUCAUGGAUCUUACAGUAUCACUAUUAGGCCUUGA